UUUCCAAUCGCUUCUCCCGGACCAUCGCGACGUGCGAGCGGUGGUUGUGCGCUAAAACUUAAUCGUUAUAGCGCCGUUAUCUCGUCCGCCGACUCGCUCUAAGCUUAAUCAUCGACAAGUCGGUCGCCUGGUCUGUCCGGCAGAAGGAUGGACGGACGGACGGGCCAAGUAGAGCCAUAACGAGCCCGGUACGUGGAACAUGGAAUUUGUAUCGGUGACGUUCGAUGCGUGAGCAGUGUCGCCUCUAAAUUGUGACACUCUCCGCUGCUCACGAGCAGCGUAAAUAAUCCGACUGGAAGCGAGUGAUGUCGGACGAUACCCGAUUCGGCAACAUGCUCUUUGAAAUUUCCAUCGUGAUUUUCUUCAUAUCCGCGUGCUUCGGUGCGAUAGCCGUCGGGCUCUACGUUUACUGCAAGUUCACCAUGGGGAAGUGCGGCAACUCGAUCGGUUUGAGCAACAAGACCAUUCUCAUCACCGGAGGCAACUCCGGCGUGGGCCUGGAAGCAGUGAGAGAGUUCGCGAGACGCGGUGCUCGACUCAUCCUGGCUUGCCGUGACGUCAAGAAAGCGAGGGAGGCCAUCCGCGACAUACAACAGCAAACCGGCAACAUCGAUAUCGAGGUCCAUGAAGUGGACAUCAGCUCACUCGCGUCGGUUGAGGAGCUGGUACGACAGCUGACUCUUUCGCUUAAGAAAAUCGAUGUACUCUGUCUGCACGCCGGCACGGGACCGGUCGAUUCUCGUCAGGAGACUUCCGAGGGCCACGAGAAGACGUUCGCCACGAAUCAUCUCGGACACUUCCACCUCGUACAGCUGCUUCGGCCGGCGCUAAACCCCGGUUCGAGAAUAAUUAUCACUACAUCGAUGGCCCACGAAUACGUCCGUCUGGACUUUGAGAAUCUCCAGCAACAUAAAGCCUACAAUGGAGUGUUGUGCUACGCUCGUUCGAAACUCAUGAAUGUCUAUUUCAUGCGCGAACUCGCGCAGCGUUUGCUCAAAGAUGGCAUCACCGUGAAUGCUCAGAACCCUGGCUUGGUACACACUUCCGGUCUAAAGAACUCAAGCGCGUUGGGGAACUGGUUGUCAGAAACGCUCGUCGCGCCAGUCUACGCCAAAACUUCGUGGCAGGGAGCCCAAACACUCAUUCAUCUGGCGACCAGCGACGAACUCGACGAAGUGACUGGUUGUUUAUUCCGAGACUGCAAACCGACGCGACUGAAUGAGAUCGCAAACGACAAGCGGGCGCCGAAAAAACUAUGGCAGUAUUCGGAGCAGCUGAUCAGGAACACAUCUCGGAGCGAGACGACUCCGUAAACGGAAAGCCAGCUCUAAAUCACUGUAAAUAAUCUGGAUGGACUUUCCAUUCAUUCCCACAUUCAUCAAGAGCUUCGAGAGAUCAUACGCUAGGAAUCCGGAGGCUGAGAUGUGCCCCGCCGGACAAGCUCGUAUCAAGUAGCGGAAA